UCAACAUGGCGGCCACUGGUGAGGGUGGAGGUAAAGAAGAGGUGAAAACGAACUUUGUCACUCGUGAAGGAACCUAUAGACUUAUGCCACUUUCUGAGUACUCAAAGCCAACACGUGUACCGUACAAUGGACAAACAAACACUCCUUGUAAAGUGACAUUUGUCGAUCUGGAAGAUGGAAGUGGAAAUUCGGAUAGAAUUUGUUUCAACGUUGGCAGGGAACUUUACUUCUAUGUUUAUAAAGGAGUUAAAAAGGCUGCUGAUCUCACGAAGCCUAUUGACAAGCGUGUUUACAAGGGGACAUUUCCCACGUGCCAUGACUGCAACGAAAUGCUCAUAUCACCGGACAGUGUCCAGUUACUGGUGGGCUUCACUGCCGGACAGGUGCAACUGAUUGACCCAAUCAAAAAGGAGCUCAGCAAACUAUUCAAUGAGGAGAGGUUGAUAGACAAAACCAAAGUGACGUGCAUCAAGUGGAUACCAGGAUCCCCGAACCAUUUCCUGGUGUCGCACGCUAGCGGACAGAUGUAUGUGUAUAAUGAAGAGAUGCCUUGUGGACCUACACCACCUCACUAUCAGCCCUUCAAACAGGGGGACUGCUUUGCUGUGUACACUUGUAAAACUCGUAGUACACGUAACCCAAUGUAUCGAUGGGUGGUUGGCUCCGGGGCCAUUAAUGAAUUUGCAUUUUCACCUUGUGCAAAAUAUUUGGCAGUUGUGAGCCAAGAUGGCUAUCUUAGAGUGUUUAGUUAUGACCGAAUGGAAUUAAUAAGCUCAAUGAAAAGUUACUUUGGUGGUUUAUUGUGCGUGUGUUGGUCCCCGGACAGUAAGUUUAUUGUAACAGGAGGGGAGGACGAUCUGGUGACUGUCUGGUCUUUCCAUGAAAAACGGGUUAUUUGUAGGGGUCAGGGUCACCAGUCAUGGGUUAGUUGUGUAGCCUUUGACCCCUAUACUACCACAAUAGAAAAUGUCUGUGAUUCUACUGGCGAAGAGGAGAUUACCUCAAAAUCAGAAAACAAAAAUGGGAGUUCAGUUUACCCAAACGGAAUAUAUCCAUUGACAAAUGCUACUGAAAAUCACACAAAGAAACAGACUCCAGUUAGUAGUGCUAAUUCUAGUGUAAUAACUUGUUACAGGUUCGGUUCAAUAGGGCAUGACACACACUUGUGCCUAUGGGACCUUACUGAUGAUAUCAUAAAAUUGCCUUGUGGUCGUGUACGUGGCAGUGUUGUUUCGACAUCUGCAGCACCGGCAUACAGCAGUAACACAAUACCCCGGUGUAGUAGUGCUAAUGCAAAGACAAACGCAGUGGCAAACGAUGUGUCUGUGAUGGAUGGCAAUGCUUAUGCAAUGACAAACUCUACAAUGAAUCCAACUACAAAAUUCGCAACAUUAUCAUUGGGUGAUCGGAGAGAAAAUUCAGAAAAGAAAGAACACAAAAGGAACUUUAGCCUUGCUGGACGAAGCAGUGACAAAAGUCAGACUUUAAAAGCAAAUAGUAUACGACCUCCCGAUAAUGCGUUAAAACUGCUUGGGACGCCGGCGUGCCCAAGACUAAAUGAGGCCCCACUGUUGGAGCCACUUGUGUGUAAGAAAAUCUCAGUGGACAGACUAACAUCACUGGUAUUCAAGGAAGAAUGCCUAGUGACAGCGUGCCAGGAAGGUGUGGUCUACACUUGGGCGAGGCCUGGAGCUGUGGGUCUGACACAACAGCACACAGUUGUCAGUGAGAACUUGUGACAUUAAAUGGCCUGUGUGUCAAAGACUGUGAUACAGCAAACCAGUUUGGUGUUACGUGUGCUUAUACACUUACAUUUCCAUCAAGCAAAAAUCCAGCCUAUCUAGUGGCCAUGCUCCAAAUGCUAUCAAUCAGUAUAGCAGAGAUGUGGUUACAGUCCACUCGUAGCGUAAAUGUUCACCUCGCAGAUGUCAAGAAGUGCUAUCGCUCCAGUCCACUCCAAUUCAACUCCACAGUGAUCCAGCUGACAUGCAGUUACAAUUCACUUAUACUUAGUGUCCACUAUAGAGUGGACAAGCAGACCUACGACUUAUCAUGGUUAUAGUCCACUCUUUCUUGAAGUUAACAUUGGAAAUAUAAUAUUAUAAUUCAACUUGGACAAGCGGUUAUAAGCGCUUUGAUGUACACUUUUAGUUGACUAUAGUCUGUGUAGGGCUGAGUUUCAAUCCUAGUACAAGGCUAGUAUUCCUGUGUGCUGUUAUGUCUAGGACCAUCAGUCAGGAAAAAGUAUACUCUCUAUUUCGAUGCAACACUUUUUUGGGGGAAAAAUGUGAAUAAUGCAAUGUGAAAGAAAUACUGGAUUUUGUAUGUACAUAAGUUCAAUGGCUGUACGAUCACAUAGGUCAAAACAUUGACAAUUGGAUGAAUACUGAAGAAUAACCUAAAUGGGUUUAGAAUAUUAAUCACAAUUUUGGCAUUAUUAUGCAUCUUCAUAUUACAUGGUUUUGCUGUCAUAGAUACAGCAUCUCAGAUUCAGAAAUGAUAACGGUCUUACUGAGCUUUAUACAGGCAUUGAAGGAGAGUAACUUGUUUCUAGCUGAUGGGCUGACCCUGGACAAUUUGUGUGAUAUCCACUAGAAAAACCGGCACAAAACAUUUUAGCAAAAUUUUGUUACGCUUUGUGAUAUGUUUUAUAUUAUAUUGUAAUGUUUUUAUUUGGAAACAGUUUAUUGCUGUUCCAAAAUAAAAUUCUUGUACCAGACAAAUAGAAUGAUUCCAUUGUAGGCAAGUGAAUUGAUUGUCAAAAACAUGGUUAAUUCUGCUUUUUCAAGUCUUUAAAAAAUUACUUUAAUGGUUGAAAUGUUGAGUUUUUUUUAAUAUACACUUGUUACUGGGACUUUAAAAAAGGGGGCGAUAGAAUUGAACAACAAGCAUGAAAUACACCUGAAAAGUACUUGGCUUAUACGGGCACUAGAAUAAAAAAGAGACUGUUUUUAAGGGAUGCCAAUUUUUCUGAAGUUGAAAUUUUCAUUUUUUAUUAAAAAAAAUAUGGGUUUGCAGGUUCCAUUAACAAACAAAUAAAAAACAACACCAUCAAUGUAUCUGUUUUUGUUAACGUUUAUAUUUAAUGAGUAACAUUGUGUAGAACUGUUUUUCUAGGUCUGUAAUUUUCAGCAGAAAAUUGUUUUGUUAAGAAAUGGUCAGGCAUCUUUACAAUUUGUGCUAUUCAUUGUCAAAUCACAAUAAAUCCUGUUGAGUUAUUGCCAUAGCCUUGAUUUAUUUGAGGUAGAUGUCAUCUGCAUGCAAAAACAUUAAUAUCUUUAGACAUAACUCAAAACUCGAUUGUAACUUGAAACUUAGUUCAAAAUAAUAUUCAUAAUGAGUCAAUGACAGUUUGUAUUAGCACUUGUUCAAUAUGACCUGUAGAUGGUUAAAACAAAAAAGAUCAAUUAGUGAGAGCCCUCCUGGCUGCUUUUUUGUUGCCCCUUAAAAGGUGAUGUGAGAGGUCCUCAAACUCAUGCCUACUUUCAGCAAAUAUCCAGCUUCUAUCAGAACAAAAGUAAAUGAAAUCUUGCAUACGUGUAACAAGUCAUUUCACCCUAGCUACAACUAUUUCUUGAGAUAUUCCCUCUAAUCAAUUGGAGAAAUCAACAGACUAGCUCUAGCAUAUGCUUGAGAUGCUCCCCAUGAUUUUUGUUUUCACCUGAAUGUUAUCUACAGCUCUCAGAAGCAAUAUAUUUGAGAAAGAUACCAUGUCAAUUAAGGAACAAGUUUCACAACUUUGAAUUCAAAACCUAUUUACCUGUUGCCAUAAUAUAAAUUAAGCAUGUUAUGUUUAGUGUUACUACACAUAUGAUAUAUGGGUCAUAAAGAAACUGUAAUCCUGAAAUUAUCCAGAUUAUUUAUUAAAUGUUUAACAAAUGUAGCUUUUUAUUGUGCAAUAUUACUGUUUGUCUAUAUUAAAAGUGACAUAUUAAAUUGACACACAGAAGUAAUGAACUCAAAACCUUAUUAGAAUUGGUCCUUAAGAGAAUAUAGAUGAGAUUCCAGCCCUAGAGUGGUCUAAUUACUAUUAUUAUAUGCAUUCAAAAUAAAUUGGUUUCUUUGAGAUGUUCUAUAUGCCCUCGUAACUUAUUUUUGGAAGAUGUUAUACAUCUAGAGUUCUAUGGAUGGAAAUGAUCUAACUUGACAGUUUGGUUUUAGUAAGACCUUCCUUUUGAAAUCUGUUCAAUUAAAAAAUAUUUACCAAAGAACAUGUAUGUUAAGAUUGUGGCUGUUGAGAUACUCUGCUUUUUCAAAGAGAC